AGCCCCGCUGCUGAUUGGACGGGGGCUCGGCCUCACAUCCGGGCUCAGAAGGAGGCACCUCCUCAACAUGGUCGGUCUCACCUCGGCUGCUGCGGCGGCGGCGGCGGCGGCUGCGGCUGUGGCGGCGGCUCUACGUAGCUCUGGCUUCGGCUCUAGGGCCCCGAGGCGGUUUACCUCAGCAUAACCGCAGCGCGGGGGUGGGGGCGGUGCUCCCGCUCAUUGGCUGCCCCGCCGGAAGUGCGUCAUCGCGCACGCGCAGGAAAAAGCGGGGUCCUGCCUGGGCCUGCCUUCCCGCUCUGGUGGCCGUCGGGUUGGAGCCUUCAGGUACGUUUACUCACCUUUCUAUGAAAAAACUAAAAUGGCUUCUAGAGGAAAGACAGAGACAAGUAAAUUGAAACAGAACUUAGAAGAACAGUUGGACAGACUGAUGCAACAGUUACAAGAUCUGGAAGAAUGCAGAGAAGAGCUUGAAGCAGAUGAAUAUGAAGAAACCAAAAAAGAAACUUUGGAACAGCUGGGUGAAUUCAAUGAUUCACUGAAGAAAAUUAUGUCUGGAAACAUGACUUUGGUAGAUGAACUUAGUGGGAUGCAACUGGCCAUUCAGGCAGCCAUCAGCCAGGCCUUUAAAACGCCAGAGGUUAUCAGAUUGUUUGCAAAGAAACAGCCUGGGCAGCUGCGGACAAGAUUAGCAGAGAUGGACAGAGAUCUGAUGGUUGGAAAACUGGAAAGAGAUAUAUACACCCAACAGAAGCUGGAGAUACUGACUGCUCUGAGGAAACUUGGAGAAAAGCUAACUGCCGACGAUGAGGCCUUCCUGUCCACAAAUGCAGGCGCGGCCCUCAGCCAGUUUGAGAAAGUCUCCACUGACCUCGGUUCUGGGGACAAAGUCCUCGCUUUGGCAAGUUUUGAAGUAGAGAAAAACAAAAAAUGAUGAGGAGCUCUGUAGAAUCCCUGGGCAUCGGUCAUGGCACAGACGGCACGCUUGUUUUCUACUGCGGAUCUAAAGUUAUCUCUGAGAACUCUAGAGAACCUGGGAGCAUGUGAACAGCAUGAGAAAAGCCUAAUGGAGGUGCCCUCUGUCUCCAUCUGCCUGCCUCACUAGUGUGUGUGGGCAGUGGGAGAGAUGUGCCACAUAGAUGGAUAGACACACACACACACACACACACACACACACACACACACACACACACACACACACACACCCCUUAGAAGGGUCUGUCUGCGGAAGGCAGCAGAGACGAGGGAGGAGGGAGGGCACGUUUUCAACAUUAGGCUCAGUUUCUCUGUACAUCUCUGCUCAGGUUCCUUGUUUGCUUAUGCUGAUGGUGCAUGGAGCCUAGCAGUGAUAACAGCUUGUUUCCCUCUUCCGACUGUCCCCUCUCCAUGCUGUACUGGUUUACUGCUCUUUCCACAUCCUUAGGGCUUCCCUACUCAGUGGAGGUCCAAAGGAGUGAAAUGAUUUGUUCAAAGUUAGUGGCAGAAGCAGGAUUAGAACCCAGAUCUCCAGACUCCCAGUUUAUCUCUUCCUACUACACCAUGCUGCCUUCAGCGUCCCCUAAAAGUGGUGUCUAUAUUUAUAGAGUCUUACUCUAUAUGAUUUAAGCAAGGUAAUUGUGGAAGCCUGGCUUUUUUGAAAACUGUAUUCCAGCAAAAAAGGAGCAUCCCAGCAGCCUGUCUGCUCUCCAUAUGAAUGGAAGCCAUUGUAGCUCUGAAUUUUGAGCAGUGAACAACGGGGGCCCUGUUGGUGGGAGCCUCCUGGAGUCACCGAACCUCCUGCGUUGUCUUGCCAGGGAAUCAGUAGGAAAUGGCAUCACAAGGCCUGCCCUCCAUGACCUGUGGCUGUAACCCUGGGCCAUUUGACUGGGACCUGCCCCUCCCUCUCUGGUUUUCUAGGACUGGCAUGAGCUGUCAGGAACAGCACACCAAUGUCUGUCUUGCUGUGUUGGUGUUCGUGUGUGUGCGCUCAGCUGUUUCUCCUUUCUUUGUCUGGUGUGUUCGUGAUUCUCUGGUUCCCCUACUUGGUUUCUUUUGCACAUCACACAGAACAUCCAAUAUCUGUGAAGCUUUCUAUGUACUUUAAACGGCUCUUUUGUUCAUAGAUGGGAAUUCUGCCUCAGGUAGGAAUUAUACCUUCUUUAGAACCAGUAAUAGGAGUCAUUGUUUGCUGAGGUUACUGGUUUGUGGCUUUCAGUCCCACAUGCCUCCUGUCUUCCCCCCUCCUGAUGAGGUUGUGGCUCACCGUGCAGAAGCACCUGCCAAUCACCACCUCAUGCUUCUGUCCUCUUCCUUUCACGGUCAUUCCAUGGCAAUCUGCUUUUUUAACUGUUAUCAUAGCAAGAAAAUGAGGAACAGAUUCUGUCCAAAACCCCCGGGGAAGGGGCUCAGGGGACCUUCAGCUCGGUUUUUUGUUUUGUUUAGUUUCGAAACCAAGUCAUGACCUUCCAGGACAGAACUUGGUCUUGGUCAUUUUGAUCUCAAGUUCGAUCAUGUAUGUUUUGAAGCUGAUUUUCCUUUAAAAUGACCUUGAUUAGAUGACUGGUUGAAAUGGCCAAGUUUGUGGUGCCCAGAGAAACAAAGGUCCUGUGGCCCUGAUGGCCUUUCUCAGAUGAGGGGAGAGCUCGACCACUGGCAAACUCUUCCGAAAUGGCCUUUGGGGUGAGGGCUCCCUGAAGUCUGCUGAGGUGGAAUGUAGUAUUGCACCUGUAUGGUUGGAGAGAGAGUGGACUGUGCAGUGGUUCUGUCUGUGCCAUGGACUCUGCUGGGGAUCUGCUGUUUCAUUAAAGGAGAGACCUUGACAAGUGAAUCACAUCCUAUGCAAACCAUAGUCAUUAAAUAAUUUUCAAACUUUGGCCA